AUGCUGAAGCCGAAGAACAUCCGAUUCCGAGCACUUGAGAAGGUCAAGGUGCGGCCUCGCAGUUUGGUGCAAAUUUGUUUGCAGCGUGUGGCAGAGAACUUCUUGCAAUAUGACAACUUGCACGCCAAGCUCGGGCGAAAGCAGCUGGAGGAUGUUUAUGCUAUGCUGGACCUCGACAUGCCCCUUCCAGAAGCUGCUCUUAGGAUCAACGACGAAAACUAUUGGAAGAGGCGGACGCAGGCGAAGCACCCGAAUGCACAGGUUGAGAAGCAUGGCAUGUCCUGGAAGCAGACUUACCUGGAGAUAGAGUUGCAAGAGGCGCUGGAGCGGGUGCCCAUCACCGUAGAGUAUGGGAAUCCCGAGCUCGAAGCGCUCAAGCAGCAAGUCAUGGCUUCAAGGCUGUACGUCUAUCAACUCCAGAUUACUCAGUUCCCCUCCCACUUGGAUCUAAGCUUCAUCUUCGAUGCAUUGCCUGCGCUGUGUACGUUCUCGAUUACUUACGGCAACAAGCGACUGGGGAUGGAUUACGAGCGUGCGAUGUUCGGCAUGAAGAUCUCAGACGCGCAGUAUCUCGCCCGGGACAUUCGCGUGUCGCAAACUUUGGUUUCACUCUCGUUGCCGUGCAACAUGAUCGAUGACGAGCUUGUGAAGGUGUUGAUGGGUGGUCUUUCCUACGGCCACAUGCUCACACACCUUGAUCUUAGCCACAACAAGAUAGGGGAUCGGGGGGCGAGACGCCUGGCCUCCUUACUGGACCCGGACUACUGCUUGCAGGCCCUGGACCUCAGCGACAACCAGAUCCAUGCCAAUGGUUGCAUGCAUUUGGGUGCCCACCUGGCGGAGAAUAUCACGUGCCAGGUGCUUAACCUGCGACUCAAUCGCUGCGAAGACAACGGCGUGUCGCAUUUGUUUCAGGAUAUGUGUGUGAACAAGCAUCUGCAAACCCUGAACAUUGCUUGCAAUGACUUGACGGUGAGAUGUCUGCCCUACUUAAAUGCAAUGCUGGCUGAGAACGGCACCUUGUUGGAGUUGGACGUCAGUGCAAAUCCGCUCCAUCAAGUUGAAGAAGAAGGAGUUCAUCAAGGUGCAGCCGGCGAGUCGGUUCCUCCCCUGGCCAGCUCGGAGGUCGCCUCCGAGGCCUUAGAUGCCACGAAGCCAUUGGAUGAAGAUGAUCCUUUGGAAGGUCUCCAAGUCUCUGGCCAGCUCGCUGUCUUUGCCCGCUGCCUGGCCAAGAGUCCUUCGUUGCUGCGUGUGGACCUUCGCAGCUGCGGCCUCCCUGCAGAUGUUGCCCAGCGAGUGACGACGGCAGUGAAGCACCGCGAGCUGAUCGCGAAGGGAAUCCCUGUGGAGGCUUACGAAAAGGCCCGCCAGGCUGCAGUAGCAGCCGAGGAAGCAGCACAGGCGGCACGGGAAGCUGCAGAGAAAGAGGAACAGCUGGGAGAGGGUGAAGACGAAGAUGGCGAGGAAAAGGCUGAGGGAAAAGCCGAAGAGGAGAAGGCAGAAGGCGAAGCCGAGAAGCCAGAGGCCGAGGAAGAGAAGAAGGAAGGCGAGUGA